AACCCGGCUCAGUUCUUCGUUAGCAUUUCGCGUGUGCGGUUGUUUGACUUCGGACAAAGGAUAGGCCAUUGAGUUGCUCGCAGAUAUUAAAUUGGAUUAACCUGGCUGUGAUUUUUUAUUUUAAUAGAAGAUACAGUUUGAAUAUAGGACGUCUGUUUAUCAUCAAACUUGCAUUGAACGGAUGUGUAAGAAACGGCCCAAUUUAGAAAACUUUUCAACAUAUUUUAUAAAGACAAGUGAACAAAAGGAAAAGUAGUUUUUGAUGUGAAAUUGUGUCGAGUUGCAAAAUCGAUAUCGAAAGUUGGUACAGUAAUUGAAUUAAUAUGUGGCGGCACAGUUAUUGGUGCUAACCAUAGAAUUAACUAGUGGAGCCGUUCAGGUCAUUCACUGCAAACAAACACGUGGUCAACCGUAUCGGAUAGGUCACACACGGUUUUCACUUUUCCGGAUUAUACACUAAGCAGCAUCAGUUUUGUGGUUUUUGCUGGUUUCCUUCGAAAAUUCAUCGAACACCCAACCUCAUACAGUUGUGGUGAUUACCGUUGUGUUUUUUCGAGUAUCUAAUGCCUUAUUCAAAUGGAACAGAUUUGAAUGUUUGAGAGGAUCCGUAAUUGAAGCGAGCAAGAAAAGAAACAGCAACUUUAGGAUACCAUGAUUGGAUCCUUCAGUACUUAAUGAAUCCUGAAUGUACGGCAGUCACAAUGCUAAAGGAUUAGCAGGUUUAUGUUUUGUUCUACUAUAUAUGUAGGUCGGAUCUAGUUUCUCUACCACAUGUCACGACUUCAUUGGAGCGUUGGAGCAUUAACAUACGCUUAAACAGGACGCCACAGGAACGAAGUGAGAAUGAAGGCCGUGGGUAUGCACACGAAACAGAAGCAACGAUGAAAACCAUACUUCCGGACACAAAAAGGGUCAUAUCACUCAAUCGAAACUGUAUUUAGAAUAUGGAAGCUUUAGCACCAAUAGUUCCUCAGGACUUUCCGGAGCCUACUGCUACCGAAGCGUACAUAAUUCCAACACUUGGUAUCACUCAGGGAACUAUUAUUUUCUCCUACCUGUCAACGUUUCUGUCGUAUAUCACUCCUUACGAUCUGCCAGUAGCCUAUUGUGUUCUAGAGUUACUGCGAGAUGCCUUUCAUACGCGGGUUUCGUUCUUGCAACUCAUCAUGGAGGCCCUUAAGGUGGAGUCUGGCUACAUAUGCCUUAUAGCGAUAUUUUUCCUAGUUUCGCUCAUCCCACUAUGCUACACUAUUGCAUGGGGAUGCUCGAAGACAGCGGAUGAUGAUAUGAAUUCCGGACCGACAGUAGAUGCAAUUAUACAAGCCGAAGAACUGUCAUUGGAAGAAUCACUUAAAUGCCGGCGAAGAUGCCUUAGUCUGACCCUUCAGAUAAUCAUACUGUUAUUGAUAGCGGGUGUAAUCGUAAUGUUUGUAACAAAUGAACAAAUCGCAUCGGCAAUCGAUCAAGCUCCGGUGGUAGUACGAUCGUCUAUGGUCGAUGUGGAAACCUUUCUUCGUGAUGCUGAACAACAGAUAUCUUUCGUGAUUUUCGAGGGUUUGUCGACUACCGUCGAUAGGAUCAAGAGCGACCUAGAAGAUAUAGACAAGUUACUAGGAGAACCGAUUCAGAAUCAGCUAUCGCUGUUUACCGGCAUAGAAAUCAUUUUUGAAGCCAUCAUGGACAUCAGUACAAGUAGUAAUAAUUUAUCACGAAGGAUAUUUCUACUUCAAGAAGCACUGGCCAGAGCAGCUAAAAUAUCAUACGAAGCGGAAUAUCGAUUGGAUGAAUUACAGAUUCAACUUUCCGUUUUGCAAAGACAGUGCAGCUACCGAGACAGACCGCUGUGCGAUACUCUGAAAAUCAAAAGCUUCGAGGAAUCUGGGCAGAUAGAACGGAUUCAGAAAAUUCAGAAUGAUCCUAUUUUAGCAAAGCUGAUGUCAAUGGGUGAAGCCGGUAAGAACAGUACAAUGAAACUGUUAACCCAAGAGUUAACCGUCGCCAGAUCCAUAUUUAGGAACUACCGUAUGGAAUUAAAAAACAGCACGACUAUAGCAAGGGAGCACAUUAACGAGCAUUUAGAUGAAUUGAGUAAUGCAACGUUUUCAUCGACUUAUGCAUUAUCGAACACAAUCGAUAACUUGGUAGAAGAGGUGUCAAAAACGGCAAACUUUUCGGAUUCUCUAUUCGACUAUCAUCGGGAUAUUGGUAAAAUUCUAUGGAUAACUGGACUUACGGCUACCGUCUGUACGCUAUUGGUAACGUUCUUGCUGUUGGGUGCGUUAAGUUGCGGGUGUUGCCAUUCCGAUAAUAAAGCUGGUAUAACACUUAUCGUUGGAGCGAUCGUCAUUUGUGUGAGCAGUAUCGCCUUGUCGGGAUUCACCAUGAUUGAAAUGCUUUUGGGGGCUCACGGACAUGUUUUUAUAUGCCACCCCCUGUACGAUAAACCGGACUAUUCGAUUCUCGGUAAGCUGUUAGACAAACCAGGAUUGAUUUAUUCAGUGGAGCCUCCGAAUGGAAUUAUCGAAAAACUAUUGAAAGCAGCCGAUCCGAAUAAAACACUCUCGGUGAAUAUAUCGUUGGCCACGGCCAUCAACGAGUGCGAACGGAACCGUGGUGCGUUCUCAACCUUUCAACUAGAAAGUUUGAUUAAUGUUUCAUCUAUAAUGGACUACAAUACCAGCCCUUAUUUGGGAAACGCGAUAGAACAGUUAACAGCGUCGGAAGCUCCUUUCAUCAAGUUUACGGUUCAUAUUCAAGCCGUUUUAGAAGAUAUGUUGAAUGAUUCGGAUGUUAAUUUGGCCGCUUUUCGAACAGAUUUAACUCAAAUUUCACCAGAUAAGGAUGUGGUAACGUUCAUCGACCAGUUACAGCGAGUAUCGGCUCAGAUUCAGGAUGUAGCCACAUCUUCUAGGAUGGCAACUCUGGGAAGUCGAGCGAAACGACUACAAGGAUCACUGCUGCAUCCAUUGGAACAACUGCGUAGUGACAUCGUGUACCAUCUAACAGCACUGGAACUGCAAAUUCACCCAUGGGCAUCAGAACUAAACAAAAGUCUGAUUCAUCUGCGCAAUGCACAAUCUUACUUGGAUGUCGAAGCGGCUGCUGUUUGCCACAACAAAAGUUAUCUAUUUCGAAACCGUCUAAAGGCCCAUUUCGAAGCUUAUCAGAAUCAUUCCAGCGUAAUACUGAGUGACAGUUGCGCAAGCUGCCGUCCGCUUUUUGAUAUAUUUGAUGCAGCGAGAAUGUUAUUCUGUCAUCAAAUUAUGGAUCCAAUGAACGGGCUUUGGUUCGCAUCGUUUGUUUGUCUGUUUCUGUGGGCAAUCGCAACGCCCGUAUCAUUGAUGAUGUCUACCACCUACCGUCGCUUGGAGUUGCUUUCGAGUAAGUUGCAGCAUACCAACAGCAAUUACUACGGGACGACUGAUACUACCGGAUCCGACUCAAGAGCACUUCAUCAUCUCCAGCAACAGCAGCAUCAGCCGCCGCAGGAAUCAUCUAGCCAUUGGUACUCUCAAAGAAAUGUUGAUUCCACCCUAUCCGGAACGGGUGUUCCACACCAUCAUCAUCAGCAGCAGAUGCAGCAUCCACCACCACCACAAGAACCGACCAGCAGAUGGUCUACAAAUCAAAGGUCACGAAUGGUGAAUUUUUCUACAACCAAAAGCACUAGCACCGAGGAAGAAAUCAGCUUGGAUGGCCUAGACACCGACCAGAAUAACAAAGAUUUAGAUCUCAUAUUCGAAGAUGUCUAAUGUUUUUAUAAUCCCAGCUUACAUUAUAGGAUUCAUUCAGUAAUAUAGUGUGAAACAACUAAA